AUAUGAGCGGCAGCGCCGCAGUCGGCGUGCACAUACUCAAUACUCACACAUAGAUAAAUGAAUUCGACGCGCUUGCUCUGUCGGCGUAAAGGAAUUGCCGCUGCCAAGAACCGUCUGCGUUGCCGCCGCCGCGCCAGUCAGUGUAGUAGCAGUCGCGCCGUGGUCUGUGGUGGUGGUGAUUUUACACCACGUUUCAUACCAGGAUAAUAGCGCGCUUGUGCCGGAGCAAACGUGCAAGAGAGUGUGCGUGCGCGAGUGUGGUAAUCGUAUUAUGGCGCAGCAUGAGUCGUCGUCGCCGGUACUGUUCCUCAUCUGCGUGUUUAUCGUUCAACAAGCACUUACAAAUCCACUUGCCACAAUACAGUUGAAAAGUGUCCAAUUGUUAAGCGAUCAUGGCAAUCUAUUGGAAUUGGUCGGAUAUGGACUUAAUAAUUCGAUUGAACAACUCAGCUUGGCACACCAUAACGACUGCCGAACGAGUGUUCCUCUCAAGAGAAUUGAACUUGCUGAGGACGGCACUCGAGCCGUUUACAAAGAGGAUCAUUGUUUGCACAGCAUUAGAAAAGAAUUACCACUCCUGUGCGUCGACGGCAUACCUAGUUCUGUGGAAGUACAGCUGACGUGGCAGAAGCUAACGCGCAAGCGGCGCGCAUUGGCAACGGAUGAAAAGUCAACGCGCGAACUUCGCAUCGAAGGCAUACUAGUGGAGAAGGCAACGAAAUUGGAACACGACUCUGAUGGCACAACUAAAGUUCUUGCGCUGCGUCCAGCUACUCUGCGCAUUUUUGGCGUUGGUAUCACCAAUACGACUCAAAUUGCAUUCAGUGAUUCUCCAGGCGAACACGGCGCGGUUUGCGACUCGAUCAAGUCUGGAAAAUUCCAGGUGCGCGAUGUAUCGAGUGACAUUACAGCUUUGGUCGACGUGUUGAUGCCCGUGGCACAGGAUGGCCAAGAUCUUUUCUACGUGUGUGCGCUGCAAACACCGACCGACGGCAACUUCAAAUUUCAGGGCUCAGAGAGCUACAAAACGAUUUCGUCUUACCAGCCAAGACCAUUGUGGUUGAGCAUUAUGAUCAUAGUCGCGUGUCUCUGCUGUUCGGCGAUGUUUUCCGGUCUGAACUUGGGUCUCUUGUCGCUCGACCCAACCGAUCUCAAAAUCCUUUGUAACUGCGGCACGGAAAAGGAAAAGCAAUACGCAAAAACCAUUCAACCAGUGCGUGCCCAUGGAAAUUACUUGCUCUGCUCGAUACUCUUCUCCAACGUGUUGGUCAAUGCGAUAUUCACCGUAAUUCUCGAAGAGCUUACGACUGGCAUUGCCGCGGUCAUUGGAUCUACCCUCGCGAUCGUCAUCAUCGGUGAAAUUGCUCCGCAGGCCAUAUGCAGCAGAUACGGACUGUUUUGGGGUGCUCAUACAAUAUACGCCACGAAACUGACCAUGCUGUUGACAUUCCCGCUGAGUUAUCCCAUAAGUAAAAUACUCGACUUUAUUCUCGGCGUUGAAAUUGGCAAUGUGUACAACAGGGAUCGUCUCAAGGAGCUGGUCAAAGUAACAACGGACUACAACGACUUGGAGAAAGACGAAGUGAAUAUAAUUUCAGGUGCACUCGAACUGCGUAAGAAAACUGUUGCCGACGUGAUGACUCGAAUCGAAGAUGUAUACAUGCUUGAUUACAAUCGCAUUUUGGAUUUCGAGACUGUAUCCGAAAUCAUGUCCUCUGGUUUUUCACGUAUUCCAGUGUACGAAGGUAACCGUACCAAUAUCGUCACGAUGCUUUACAUCAAAGACUUGGCAUUUGUCGAUCCAGAUGAUAAUAUGCCACUGAGAACCCUAUGUCAGUUCUAUCAGUACCCUUGUAACUUCGUUUUCGAAGACGUAACAUUGGAUGUCAUGUUCAAACAAUUCAAAGAAGGUCAUAAAGGUCAUAUGGCAUUCGUGCAGCGGGUUAACAGUGAAGGCGAAGGCGAUCCGUUCUACGAAGUAAUUGGUUUAGUUACCCUCGAAGACGUGAUUGAAGAACUCAUUCAAGCAGAGAUUCUUGAUGAGACAGAUGUUUUCACUGAUAAUCGCAGUAAACGAAAACGAACAGCUCACGCUGGUACAAAGAAGCCUGACUUUACAGUGUUUGCCGAGAGAAAAGAAAAUCAACGUAUACACAUAUCGCCGCAAUUGUUACUUGCUACCUUCCAGUAUUUAUCUACUAGUGUUGACGCCUUUAAACCGGACUCAAUAUCAGAGCCAAUUGUUCGACGAUUAUUGAAGCAGGAUAUAAUUUAUCAUAUAAAAGUGAAAUCGCGCGAAAAGGCUCGUAAUGAUCCAACAGCGGUAAUUUAUCAACAGGGCAAGGCCGUUGAUUAUUUUGUACUUAUUCUCGAAGGUCGUGUUGAAGUCACUGUUGGCAAAGAAAACCUUAUGUUUGAAAGCGGUCCGUUCACUUACUUUGGUACUCAAGCGCUUACUGCUAACGUAGGAAUUGCUGGAGCAGCUGAAUCACCAACAAACUCAUCCAAUCCACAAACACUAGGUAGCAUCCAAUCAGUGAACUUGGAUGCAAUAUUGCGACAUACCUUCGUACCGGAUUAUACAGUACGAGCAAUUACCGAGGUGUUCUACGUAAAGGUCAAACGAUCACUUUAUCUUGCUGCUAAACGAGCUACUCUACUUGAACGUAGCCAAAAGGAAGGCAGCCAAACUGAUCAAUUCGAUGCUGAGGUGGAAAAGCUGCUACACUCAUUGGACGAAGAUGACCGCAGUAUGCCAGAAUCUCCAAUACUACCUAAGGAUAAGGACGACGUAAGGAAAGACGUGAUUUUGCCGUCGCCAAUGCGACAUUCGUCACUGCCAGUCGUUACGACGACUGUGCCUGUGAGCGCUAGCCCUAAUACUAACUCUAAAUUUAUUUCCAAGAAUAAUCCUAACGGACAAUUGAAGAACUCACCUGUUAAGACAAGCUCAAGUCCGUCGCCACGUGAACAAAAAUUAGAUCUCGAUGCCGAGAUAUCAGUCCGUCAAUUGGAAGCAGCACGUCUGUUAUCUUUGCAAAAGACACAUCUAGGAGAUGAGAUAGAAGAACGCACGAUAUUAUUAGACAAGCAGCAACAGGACAACAAUUGUUAACCAAUGCAUGGCGCCAGUAAUUAGUAACCCGGCGCCAACGAUUAACACAAAUUUGAACGAAAAAUGAUCGACUGAGCGCACGAUGGUCUUCGAAUGGUUUUGUAACGUGGAUACGCUCGCUAUGAUUAAUGAUAAAUAUGUGACAGUUGAGGAUUACUGCUGAGGUCAAGCACUGUAAAUAAGCUUUUUGUCUGUAUGAACGUUUGAUUGGGUUUUGCGAAUGAACUGUAAGAUUUUUUCAGUUCAUGUAUACAGUUUUAUGAUUCAUGUUGUCAUGCAAAAAGUAUGAUUAAUCGAUUAUUUUUUGCAUCACAAGUAGUAAUCGUUCGAAAAGAUUUUUUUAUUGACGCCGGAAAGAAAUAUCAAAAUGAAAAUAUAUUGUUUGCAAGAGAUCGAAUGUUUAUGUAUCAUAUCGUUGUUGAGUCGUUUUUCAUAAAGAUUUUUAUUUUCAAUGAAUAAAAGAACUAAAAUGAUUUUUCGUCAAUUGUCGCGAUGGUUAAUCAAGCAGCUCAGAAAUAACAAUCUAAGAUUUUUCUUUGAUGUAUAAUAUUUUUAUAAGCUCUUCUUUAUUUUUUUUUGUUUUUGUUCACCUUAACAAACUUAAAUAACAGUAUGUCAUGCGAAGAAGAUUUAAUGUUUUGCUUUUAAUUUAUAUGGUAUCUAUAUGUGAAAUCCUCUCCAAUUAAAUUUUACAUAAUUGCAUGAAAAAAUGAGCAUUUCGAGACGUAGAAUGGCGUGCAUUAGCGACAAACGGUCAACACCAUUCGAGCCAUUCGUAGCUUUGACUCGGUAAAAAAACUAAUAAAUAAAGCCUAUUUUCUUUAGAGAAUAUUACUUCCACUCAGAGGUGUGCAUGUAUGCCAAAUUUUUUCAUAUAAAUAGCCCCAGCCACUUUUGCGCGUCGAAAUAGAUUGAUAUCCCUUGUCUUUUUUCGGUAAUUUAAUUCAAACUUUUUCCUCUGUGUUCCUUGUGACAAAUUCUUAAUCUGUUCAAAACUUUUAUUUGUCAGUUUAAAAUGCAUUUGUCGUCUAUAGAAGACUGUGGAAUUACAGAAUUCUGAUAAUUUUUAGGGCUCGACCUAUAAAAUUGUAUUCAUAAAAAAUAAUAGUAGUUUUAAAAGGUAAUUCUAAAUAUUAUCAACAAUUGUUAAACUGAAAAUAAGUUAGUUUUGAUAUAAUUCAUUAAAAAUGUUGAUAUUCUUAAUAAGAGUUCUAAUUAGACAAAAUUUAUCAGAUAAAUUAAUUUACGAUAUUCUCAAUCUAAAUUUCUGUACUUAAAUUCUUUCUUGAUUGAAAUAUAGUAACUAAAAUGAAAAUUAAUAAUUCUAAUUAUUGUAAGUAAUUAUAAGAUACAUUACGCAAUUUUAUAAUCCUUACGAACUAUGUAGAAUUUUGAACUUUCACUUAUGCUUUUAAUGAAAAAUAGACAGUAAUAUUGAAAAAUAUCAUAUAUUUCUAUGAAAUAAAUUUACGAGAAAUGCAACUAUCUCAAGGGACAGCACACAGAGUUUCAAAAUUAUGAAAUAGCAAAUACUAACAAUUAUUUUAUCCAUAUUCUUCCUUUUAUAGAAGAAAUUAUGAACUUAAAAAAUAAUUCUACGUGCAGUAGUGGAGGUAGCUUCUUAAUUUCAGCAUUUUUUUAUGUAUGUCGUUCAGCUAACAUUAAACGUAUAAGAAUUGUACAGCUCUCUAAGAUUCUUUCGUGCGAAUGAUCGCCGAAAAAAUUUCUCAGAGAGAAGGCUCUAUUAAUUUAUUUUUGUUUAUUAGCGCGUGCAAAUGUGUGUUUUUGUUUUUUUUAUUGUUGUAAUUAACUUAAAUAAAAUUAAUUAUUUGCCACGAACAAAAUUCAUAAGUGUCCUAGUCAGCUGUUACGUGCUCGUAAUUGUCUUUGCUUGAACACUGCGUCACAACUUUUGUACUUAUGCAAGGCAGAUAGGGGAAGAUGAGGAUCAUGUUUUGCCUAUAUUAUUAUUAAUUUUUUUGUCAAUUUAGUGCCUUAACCGACGAUGGCGCCUUGACGUCGAAUCAUACACCCUGAGUUUUUCUAUACAUGCGUGUAUGUGUAUGUGUGUCUGUUUUAAUUAUUUAUCCUUUUCUUUGCGGAGUUAUAUAAUUAAGUUGUAAGCGACGAAAAAUCAGAGAUCUGUACGUCUAAAUACUUUGCUAGCACUUAGAAACAAAAAUGUCAUUCUUACCCUUAAAAUACUAGAUGAUUAGGUUCGGAAAAAGAAGAAUUAAUAUUUUUUGAAACGUUCAUAUAAAGAUUCACAUGUACUACUCGAUAUGAAUUAAGAUUUUUUUAUAACUAUAAGUCUCUUAUACGAUAGCUUUACAAGUAUUAAAUGCAUAAAUAACAGCAAUGUUAAGGAAGAAGUACUUAAAAGUGCUAAUUUUGUAAAGAAACAAUAGGUAACUACGAGACAAAUAAUACAAAGCAGUAAUAAAUAAAACAGAACAGAAAGGAUAAACUAUUUUAUACACGAAAAGUAUCUUAUACGAAGUAAUAGUUGUAAUCAUACAUAACCGACAAUUCAUCGCAACUUUCUCUCUCUCUCUCUCUCUCUCUCUCUCUCUCUCUCUUAAAGAGAGAAAAUUUUACUUCCAAAUAUAGAACAAUGAUAAAAUCGAACGUUACUUUUGUAUCUAUCAAUUAAUUUUGAACAGUGAUAAUUUUGACGAUAGCUCAUGAUUUUUACAAUUCUUUUUUUUGUUAAUUCUGUGUACUUAAGUUUCGUAAAAUAUGUAUGUAUGACGCCAUGUAGCUCUUAGAUUAAUAAAAACUCGUCGGGUGCUAUGAGAAAUAGAAGAAAAAAUAAAAGAGAUACUUAAACUGCCAUUUUAGAGUAAAUCAACACCGAAAUAAAAAAAUGAUACUAUUUACUCGAAUAUACCACCUGUACUGCAUUAAAUCUCUUUCUUUUACAUCGAGUUCAGUUUUUGUGAACUGACAUAAUAGAAUCAUAUUUAUAUGUGUAUAGAUAUUAAUUUUACUAGUUUUUUCGAAAAUUAAGAUAAUAGUGAUAAAAUUUUCAUGGUUCUAACACAUUGUAAAUACAAGUAAGAGUACAUAAUUUAAAAACAAACAAAAUCAAUUGAUUUUUAUUACGAAAAUAAUCUCAAUCAAACAAAUAUCACAACAAGCAACCCUAAUGGUAAUAAAUAGUUUAUUGUAACGGCGACGAAGCGAUAUUGUUAAAUCAUACUCGUGUCUGUCAAUUACGGAUAACAGUUGUUAAAUUUGUAUCAAUAUAUUAUUAUAAUUGAUAAUUCAUAAGAAACAUUGUAGAAUUUAUUACGGCGAUCUCGCGAAGUAGGUGCAUUGAAUUUUAGAAUUUUAUUGCUGAUGAUUCAUAUAUUAUUAUUGUACAAUGAAUUAGUACGUAAGGUCUUCAGAUAUUGUUUCUCCUGUAAAGAGUCGUUCUCGAAGCCGAUCACAAGUCAUUUGAAGAUUCGAAUUGAUUUUUUGGAACGAUAUAUAUAAAUAUAAAUAUACUGUCAAAUUUAUGUAUUAUUAAUUAAUAAGAACAAACAAAAGAAUGAUUUUUAUUGAACCAUCAAAUUAAUGUGAGCCUUAAUUCGAUGAUCCUACCGCAACUGAAUCAUCCGUACAUUCUUAUCGGGUAAUUAUUAUAUAAUUAAUAAACAGUUAUGUUUAACUGAAGAGUCUCGAUUAAUUCAUGUUGACUUUAAUAGUUUCUAGUUCAACUAAUAAUUGACAUUGAUUUCUACAUUGAUGACUUCUUCAUCUGAGUUCCAAUCAACGAGCUAGAAACGAAGUUUCAAUAUAUUACACAAUAAAUUAUCGAUUGUUGUUAAUACCAUGAAGAUUGUAAUUUGAUGUGAUAGCAAAAUGAAUUCUAUAGAUUUGUGCAAAUUUAUCUGUAGUCAGCUACGUGUACAUUAUAUUACAUCAGUUGCUCGUUGCAUUUGCUUGCAUAAACAUUCUUUUUUGCACCACCUCAUUAACCUCCACGCGAUAUUACUGAAUUUGUAAUAUUAUCGAUUUACUCUAUUUUAAGUUUAUUAUCGAAACAAACUUUUACCGUUCUCGUAAAGAUAUGGAUUAUGAAAUUUGUGGCUCAGAAAUAAACGAAGUAAAACUCUAACAAGUGACUUGCAUUACGAAAAAUAAUAAUACUGUGGAUAGACUUAAAUUG